UGCUGACGGUGAUAGUAGUGUCUAUAAAACGUUGCUUGAUCGGAGGCCCUAUAAGAAUACUACUAUAGACUACUUAAAAUUGAGUGUAGAAACCAUCUUUUACGAAACUACUGCAAUAAAAUCAGAGAGAUUGCUCUGACAAGCGAUAAAGGACAUAGCCCUAUUACGUUACGCAAGAAGAUAGGUGACAGGCUACUAAGACUAAGAUACGGAGUUACAAGAGCAGUGAUAUACCAUCAGAAAAAUCCUAACAAAAUUGAAAGGAUCGAAAUGUUGAAAGAGGACAUUUUGAAUGGACCGAAUCACGUUUUUGGGGACCAUGGAAACUGCAAAAAUUAUUUUUGCAGUGGUACAGACCUACGCAACUUACCAAAUUUAGUGCCUAGUCUAGAAGCAGUUGGGCUUUUUCAGCGAGUCAAAAAUGCUGCUCGUUUUUUGAGUCUACAUGCCUCUAGUUUACUCGAAGAUGUCGACAGCAACUACGUGGAGCACUACAACCACGCAGUUGCUAAAUUUGUCGGUGGAAAGAGAAUAAAUUUCACAUCUCGCGGAAGCUACCAGGCAAGGUGUGAGGGAGCUGUUGUUCAGCACAAUACGGGAAUGGCCCUGUAUAACUUGCAUAAAACUAUGUGCAAUUCUUCAAGUCCUGGAAGAUUCUAUAAGUCAGUCCAGGUUAAACGUAGAAAAAAGAUAGAACAGGACAGAAGAAGGAGAAAUAUAUCAUCAAGAAAAUCACUUUUCUCUACAGCCAUCCAAAAAACAACAGUUGACCAUGAUUACGGACCGAAUGCUCAACGCCCUGACAUCAGUGAAAAAGAACUUGUCAUUGAGAAAAAUAGGUUUUUAGCCUCACUGGUGUUAUCAGAAGAGAGCCGUCACCAGUUGGAAAGGACGACUGUCCUGCAGCAUCACUCCGCUGAAUGGCUUGAAGAGAGACGGAAAAGGAUUACUGCAUCAAAUUUUGGACGAAUAAGCAAGAGAAGGCCAAAUACCGGAUGUGAAAAUGUAGUUCGCGAACUAUUGUAUGGGGGCGGUAAAAAUUGUUCAGCAAUGGAGUAUGGGAGGAUGAACGAGGAGGCUGCUCUGAAAAAAGUUAGUGAGAUAGCUGGACAAAAAAUUUUGAAAUGUGGGCUAUUCAUUGAUGCCGAUUUUCCAUUUCUGGCAGCAUCGCCGGAUGGAUUAUUAGAAGAUGGGCAUGGUAUUGUGGAGGUAAAAUGCCCUCAGACAAUAAAGGACCUACUCCCAAGGGAAGCAGCAAAGUUGAAAAUAUUGAAAUUUUGCAAAAUUGAAGAUACAAAUAUCGAAUUGAACACAAACCAUAACUACUACUAUCAAAUACAGGGACAACUCCACAUUACGAAACGUCAGUACUGCUUAUUUUGUAUAUGGUCGCCAAGGGGACAGAAGUUGUUACUGUAUACAAAGAUGAGCAGUUCUGGAGUUCGAAGAUUCUUGAACAAGUGAAAAAAUUUUAUAUGGACUGUGUAUUGCCGGAACUUGUUGAUCCUCGACACACGCGUUCAAUGCCAAUUCGAAAUCCAGAUUGGAUUAUUGAGGCGCAAGAAGCACGUAAGAAGAAAUAAUGAUGACACAAACAUAACUGGAAAAUAAAAACAAAUAUUGUCACAUACCACUUAUUUAUUAUUAAAACUUACAUUAAAGUAUUAUUAAAGUAAUACUUUAUUAAAGUAAACUUACAUUAAAGUAAUGUACCUAGGUUUCAUAAUGGCCUAGGCUUACAUUACUUUAAUGUAAGUUUUAAUAAUAAAUAAGUGAAGGAGGAAUGAGAAAAAGAUUAAAAAGAAGGAGGAG